AUUCAUCGGGUUCACAGGACUUCUUGCAUAAAGUUAUUCAUAACUCCAAUGAAAUAUCCCUUCAGCCAUAAAUCUCUUCUACGUAUUUCCUUCAACUCAAAUAAAAGAUUCAAUUAUUUAUAUUUAUUAAAAGAUCCCUAUGAACCAAUUUUUUUAUAUAUACAUUCUCAUCUUUACUUUUUCAUAUUAAUUUUCUCGUUAACUUCCAGUUUAUUCGCAUUUACAUUUAAAACAAUUUUAAAUAUAUACAAAUUAACGGGUGUCUGCGAAAACAUCGCUCAUGGUGGUAUAACUCGAGGUGCAAGACGUAUCUGCGCCAAGUUAGAGGAAUUGCAUCUGAUCGAGCUUGCGCAAAAAUUGCGGCCAGACUACCCAAUCGUGGUGACAGGCCAUAGUUUGGGCGCCGGUAUCGCCACUAUUCUCUCAAUCUUGCUGCGUUCCAAGUAUCCGAAUCUAACCUGCUUGGCCUUUAGCCCCCCUCUUUCUUUAUUAUUACAAAAUUACUUGAAAGGGAAAUUAUGCUUUAAUUCCUACGUUUUUUCCUUAGGAAUUGUCACCGUUAACAUAUUCUUGGAUUUUUGGACGUUUUUUGCUUCGGUAGACAUACUCAGAUGUUAUAAUACCUACUUUUCUGCAUGA